AUGGCCAACGGCACGGUACUGCUGCUGCGGAUCACCCCUGCGGGAAGCGAGGGGGGUUCCAUGGGGUUCAUUCUGGCCGUGCUGGUGGAGGUGGGGGCACUGCUGGGCAACGGGGCCCUGCUGAUCGUGGUGGUGCGUACCCCAGGAUUACAAGAUGGCCUCUAUCUCGUGCACCUGUGCGUGGUGGAUCUCCUGGCCGCUGCAUCCAUCAUGCCAUUGGGCUUGCUGGCAGCACCACCGUCUGGACUGGGCCGGAUGCCCCUGGGCCCUGCAUGGUGCCGGGCUGCGCGCUUCCUCUCUGCAGCUCUGCUCCCCGCAUGCACGCUGGGUGUGGCCGCCCUGGCCUUGGCACGCUACCGAUUCAUUGCACACCCAUUGCAUCCGGGUAUCCGGCCCCGGCCCGGGCUGGUGCUCACCACCGUGUGGACUUCAGCAGGGAUCCUGGGUGUCCUGUCUUUGCUGGGACCCCCUCCCGGCCCGCCCCCUGCACCAGCCCGGUGUUCAGUGUUGGCUGGGGGGCUUGGACCCUUCCGGCCACUCUGGGCACUGCUGGCAUUCGCAUUGCCAGCUUUCUUGCUGCUGGGGGCCUAUGGCAGUAUUUUCCUGGUGGCUCGGCGCGCUGCCACCCUGAGACCUCCCGGACCCAGGCCUGGGGGUGCCCGGCUCCGCUCUGACUCCUUGGACAGCCGGCUCUCCUUCUUGCCACCUCUCCGAUCUCGCCUGCCCGGGGGGAAAGCGGCUCUGGCUCCCAGCCUAGCCAUAGGCCAAUUCGCAGCCUGUUGGUUGCCUUAUGGUUUUGCGUGCCUGGCACCCAUCACCAGGGCUGCAGAGGCCGAGACAGCCGUCACCUGGCUGGCUUAUUCCGCCUUCGCCAUCCACCCGUUCCUCUACGGGCUCCUCCAACGCCCUGUGCGUCUAGCACUGCGCCGCCUCACCCGCCAGGCCCUGCCAAGAUCCUGCGCGUCGCAAGCCUGGCACCCCGGGACUCUCCUACAUCGCCUCCAGAGAACCCCCAAGGGCCCUGUUCUAGCCCCUUGCCAGGCACCAGAUCACACCGGCCAGCUGGCAGAAGGGCAGAGCCCUGGCAGCAGCAUGCCACAGACCACCUGA